AUGUUCCGACGUGUUCUUCAAUCCACUGCCAAAUUGGCCGCUGGUGCUGGUGCUCUUCAGUUAGGAGCUGCCGGAGUUGCAUUGACCGAUAAGCAAUUGGGAAAGAAACCAGAAUGGUAUCAAAACUCUGUCCGUUCGCUGGAGGAAUCAUUGAAAAAGCUGGGCAAACUCGGCUACAUCGAAUCCGAAGAAGUUUUGGGCGCUGCUGAAGAUGUAUUUAACAGGUUAGUUAUGAUUUUUUAAUUCUUUUUAAAUUUUAGAUGGAAAACAAAAAGCCUUCUUGGAUACAAACUUGUGUUAAAAUAGUUGUUAAAAGGGUGUUUAUAAUAACAUUUUUAAAAUAUUUUUAAUUGUUUUCUAAUAAUUAAUUUAGUUUUAAAUUUUUUAAUUUAAAACAUAUUGUUACCUAAAAUAACAAUAAUUGUUGUUUUAGAGUUGCUGACUUGGACAACCCUCACGUUUUGUGGAGACUUGGCCGUACCUACGCCGAGAAGGCUGAGAACGUACACGAUCACAAGAAGAAGGUCGAGUUGUUGAAAAAGGCUGUUGAAUACACCAACAAGGCUAUUCAACUUGAAGGUGCUACUGGAAUUUCCGGAGCUCACAAGUGGUAUGCUAUUAGUGCUACUCGCUUGUUGCACGCUGAUAAGAAGGCGGUUAAGGACCCAAAGAAGACCAAGGAACAAGUUUGGGCUCAUUUGAAGAGAGCCACCGAACUGGCUCCAAAUGACUACUAUGCUCUUCAACUUUUGGGUAAUUUUGAAAGGGUUUUUAAGGGUGAACCCUGAUUUUAGGUAUUAAGAUAUAUUAUUUUUAACAUUUAAUGGUUAUAAUGACAUAAAUUUCGUUUUCGUCAUAAAAAAGAGAUUAUAUAGUUUAUAGAUUUUUUAUAAUUCCAGGAGCCGCUUAUAUUGAACAAAAAGAGUACAAAGAUGCUUUGACUGUUCUCCGCAAAGCCAACGAAUUGAAGCCCGACUUUGCUCCUGGUCUCUAUUAUCUUGGUGAAGCUUUGAGACUCACUAAGAACAACUCCGAAGCCGUCGAAGUUUUGAAAAAGGCGUUGACUGUGCACUCCAAGAACCGCUACGAUCGCCAAGCUAAGAGCGACGCCAAAAAGAUUUUGGUCUCGAAGCUGAAGCAGAAGCCUGAGGAAGUCGAUCCAAAAGAUGAUUAA